GGCGUCGCGGCGGCGGCUGCUGCCGUUCUCUCCUUCCCCGUGCAGCCAAGCUCCAGCCGCUCAACGCGAGCAAAUCCCAAAGAUAGUUUUCAUCACUACCAAGGAAGUGACAAAUUUCCAGCUCAACAGCAGGAACUGGUGCCGCUGCCGCCUAUAAGUGUGCCAUGUCGCCACCGCUCUCUACCUCUACACACCGACACGCAUGCAGAUCGGUUGCCGGGGCACGAUGAGGACCGCGUGGCCGCUGCUCCUCGUGGCGACGGCGCUGCUUUCGACUUCGGCAGCGAGGGCCAGGAGGACCUGCAGGUUCCCUGCCGUCUUCAACUUCGGCGACUCCAACUCCGACACCGGCGGCUUCUGGGCCGCCUUCCCGGCGCAGCAGGGCCCGUUCGGCAUGACGUACUUCGGCAGGCCGGCCGGCCGCGCCUCCGACGGCCGCCUCGUCAUCGACUUCAUAGCGCAAGCGAUGGGGCUGCCGCUGCUGAGCCCCUACCUGCAGUCCAUAGGGUCGGACUACCGGCACGGCGCCAACUUCGCGACGCUGGCGUCGACGGCGCUGCUGCCCAACACGUCGGUGUUCGUCACCGGGACCAGCCCCUUCUCCCUCGGCAUCCAGCUCAACCAGAUGAAGGAGUUCAGGAACAGAGUGCUCGCCUCCAAAGGAAACAACGGCCAACUCCCUGGCUCGGAAAUCUUGGGCGACGCUCUGUACACAAUCGACAUCGGGCAGAACGACUUCACCUCGAACCUUGGAUCCCUCGGGGUCGAAAGCGUCAAGCGAAGCCUACCUUCAGUCGUCAGCCAGAUCUCCUGGACGAUACAGGACUUGUACAGCAGCAUCGGAGCUCGCAGCUUCAUGGUGUUCAACAUGGUGCCCGUAGGAUGCUACCCGGCAUUCCUCGCGGGGCUUCCUCGUGACAGCAAGGACCUGGACGAGUUCGGGUGCGUGAAAAGCUACAACGGCGGGGUCACGUACUACAACCAGCUGCUGAACGACAGCCUAGCCGAGGUGAGGAAGACGCUGCAGGAUGCGUCGGUCGUGUACGUCGACAAGCAUGCUGUGACGCUCGAACUGUUCCAGCACCCAACCGCUCACGGGCUGAAGCACGGGGCUAGAGCUUGCUGCGGGUACGGCGGUGGAACCUACAAUUUCGAUCGAGAUGUUUAUUGUGGUGACAGCAAGGUAGUGAAUGGAGAAGCUGCGACGGCGGGGGCUUGUGCAGACCCGCAAAACUAUGUCAGCUGGGACGGGAUACAUGCCACUGAAGCUGCAAAUAGUAGGAUAGCGUAUGCUGUGAUCAGCGGCUCCUAUUCGUACCCACCUUUCGAUCUUUCAAAGCUAUGUAGCCCUUAGGCAUCAUCAGUCGUGAAAGGGAGUACAGCAUCACCAUACACCGCAUUUCUCUGAAACAAGCAGCCACAUUUCUUUC